AUGAAGAACAGGAUUGCUAACUUCUCGCCAACAGAAAACCGCGACUGCUGUCGCUCGCUGCGAGGCUGGCCAGGGCCUGUCGUCCAGCCCGAGAUCCUCCGCGCCAAGCUUUACGAGCCCGUCCUGGUUGUCGGUCUUGACAAGUUUGCCGGCCUCGACAUCCGUGUCCGUGUCACCGGUGGUGGUCACACUUCGCAGAUCUAUGCCAUUCGGCAAGCCAUCAGCAAGAGCCUGAUCGCUUUCUACCAGCGUUACAAGGAUGAGCACUCCAAGGCUCAGCUGAAGCAGGCUCUCGUUGCUUACGACCGUACCCUCCUCGUUGCCGACAACCGUCGUUGCGAGCCCAAGAAGUUCGGCGGUCCAGGUGCCAGAGCCCGUUACCAGAAGUCGUACCGUUAA